CACGAACACCUCUCUAAAUAAACGCCCGAAUCAACAACACACAAGAAAGAAAGAAAGACAUGAUGGGGGACAAGGAGAGAUCGAAAUCGGAGGAGAAGGAGAUCAAGAUCGCCGUCCUCUCCGUCCUCAAGAAGGGCAGCAUCCUAAAGCGCCUCUUCCUUAACUUGCCCCCUCCUCAUCCGCCGCAUCCGACGACGGCCGGAGACGGCGGCCACAUUCCUAACCCAGGUGGAGGAGAAGUAGACGAUGAGGACCUCCCGAUCCUCUUCGGUCGCCAUCCAGAUUGUCACGUCGUCCUCGAUCACCCCAGCAUCAGCCGCUUCCACCUCGCCGCCCGCCUCGUUCCCUCGCUGCGGAAGCUUGCCGUCACCGAUCUCUCCUCCGUUCAUGGGACUUGGGUUUCCGGAACCAAGAUCCCGCCCAACGUGGCGGUCGACAUGGUAGAUGGCGACAUUCUGAGGCUCGGCGCCUCGACGAGGGUUUACAGGCUUCAAUGGGUCUCAUCAAGCCGCGCGCUUGAGAUGGAUAACCCAUUGGAGCCAUUGGUUGAAGACAAGGUAGAAGCCAAUCAGGAUGAUUGCGAGGAGUUACUAACUGACAUGAUCGAAAUGUGGCCUACUGUGAUACCUUCGGCGCCACCUUUGCCGGAAUCUAUGAAUCCAUCACCUUUGCCAGCCACAAUGGAACAACAGAGCCCAAUACUCGAAGCAGAGGGCUCAAGCCUCUUUGCUGCCUUGCCGAUGCCUGAGUUCGUUGUGUCUUCGAUGCCAACCAUGGACAAGAAUUCGUCUCCUCAGGUGUUAUCUGCUGUUCAGCAACCAUUCGAGGGGGACCACCUGAGCCUGGAGAGGUCCGAGAAGGGGAGCUUUCCGUCAAGCCUCUUGUCAAGGAGGAGUAAGUCGAGGUCUGUUGGCUUCCUUCGAAUCGAGACGGGGAGGGGCAAGGAGAAAAUCACAAAUACAAGACCUGAUGCAGAGGUCGGAGGAAGUACAGGGAAAGAGAACAACAGUGUUUGUGAUCGAGCUCAGAGAGAGGAAAAACUUUGCAGGGUGCUCUUUGAAAAUGCUCAAGAUAGAGAAGAACAUUUUGAUUCAGAUAAGGAGAACGUAACACCAAUGUCAAGCCGAAAGAUUAAGAGGACCAGCAGGGUUCUGCAGAAAUCUGGGUGUGUUGCAGAACAUUCUAAUGUUGCAGAUAAGGUUCGGCCAGCUCAAGAAGACAACUGCAAACAUGAGGUACUCAGUGACUUGAGGACUAGAAAAGCCUCCUCUGAGAACCUAGUAAAGUGUAACAUCUUUAAAUCUAGCACUUGUGCUGGGAAGUCAAAGAAAUAUCAGGAAGAUCUGCAGAUACUACAUUCUAACUCCAUCACAAAUUCAAGUGUGUUGGAAGAAGAUGUGCUCUAUGGUGACAAAGAGAACUGGACACCAGACUCUUGUAAACAUAUGAAAUCGAGGAAAGUGUGUGGUGGAAUUCUUAUGAAGGUUGAAGACAAUGAUAACACGUUUCCUUCAGACAAGGAGAAUCUGACGCCCGACAUCUCGCGAUCUGCGAAGUCGAAGGAGUCUUCCUUCAGUAGCUGUGCGAGAAUUGAGAAGGAGAUCUUGAAGAGAAGAGUGGAACGGAUUCCCUUUCAACCUCUGCUGGAGAUUUCUGCUUCGAAAAGCUGCGAUGCUACUUCGGAGGGUAACUGUGCUUCCACCAAGGAUGCUCCGACUUCAGAAUGUGGACCGAGUCGCUCUUCCUUGCAGAGACAACCCAUGGGCGAAGUGAUCCCCAAAGCAGAAGAGAGGAAGAUCUGGAACAUUGUGGUCGAAGCAAAUUGCUUUCUGGAUGAAGAAUCAAGAAGGUCCCUGCAGCUCCUCGAAGGCCUAAAGGGGACUCACCUCAUCGUCCCACGAAUCGUCAUAAGGGAACUCGACUGCCUCAAGCGGCGCGAGAGCCUCUUCAGCAAAUCAACAAAAAUGGCAUCCAAAGGACUGCAAUGGAUAGAAGAGUGUAUGGUGAACACAAGUUGGUGGAUUCAUGUUCAGAGCUCAUCCGAGACGCUGCCGGUGCUGCCAACCCCCCCUGCCUCACCUCGAUCACCAUUUGGCGACGGCACCGACUCCAAAUCCUUCUCCGCCUACGGAAGCUUGACUGAGAUCGUUUCUCCGACCGCGGAAGACCACAUCCUCGACUGCGCGCUCUUGUUCAAGAAAACGAAGAAUGACGGCCAACAAUUCAUCCUCUUAUCCAACAGCAUUACGCUGAAGAUCAAAGCCAUGGCAGAGGGGCUGCUAUGCGAGACUCCCAAGGAAUUCCGCGCAAGUCUCGUGAAUCCAUUUUCCAACAGGUUUCUCUGGGGGAGCAGCAGUCCGAGAGGAUCGACGUGGCGUUGUUCGUCGAGUGAUGUUGGUCUGCUCCACAAUCCCCUCCUCCGUCAACCUGUAAGAACAGUAGGGAAAGCAGCCGAGGCUGCUAAAGGUUUAAAGCUUAUACUGAUGCAUAAUUCCCAGUAUGGACAAAGUAAUCCAGUCAAGUGACAAAAAAGAGGAAGCAAAUCUCUCUUCAAGAUUGUCGAGAUGCAAUUCUAAAUGCAUUCGAGUCAGUUUAUCUAUGCAUAUUUUAUUUUAUGUAAUAUCAUUUUUAAUUUAA